AUGUUUCAGCUGCCCAUUUUGAACUUCAGCCCCCAGCAGGUCGCUGGGGUGUGCGAGACCCUGGAAGAGAGCGGGGAUAUCGAACGAUUGGGUCGUUUUCUCUGGUCUUUGCCAGUAGCACCUGCAGCCUGCGAGGCCCUCAAUAAAAAUGAGUCUGUGCUGCGUGCCAGGGCCAUCGUGGCUUUUCACACCGGCAACUUCAGAGAACUCUACCACAUUUUGGAAAACCACAAAUUCACCAAGGAUUCUCACACCAAGCUGCAGGCUCUGUGGUUGGAAGCUCAUUACCAAGAAGCUGAAAAACUAAGGGGGAGACCCCUGGGGCCGGUAGACAAGUACAGAGUCAGGAAGAAGUUCCCUCUGCCCAGAACUAUUUGGGAUGGAGAGCAGAAGACGCACUGCUUUAAGGAACGAACAAGGCAUUUACUUAGGGAAUGGUAUCUACAAGACCCUUACCCAAACCCCAGCAAAAAGAGAGAACUGGCCCAGGCCACCGGACUUACCCCAACACAAGUAGGAAAUUGGUUCAAAAACCGAAGGCAAAGAGACCGAGCAGCGGCAGCCAAGAACAGGCUGCAGCAGCAGGUCCUGUCCCAGGGAUCUGGACGCUCAUUGGGCUCAGACGAGAGAGGGGAACAGUUGGGCUCAGCAUCAAGUCCUGCAGCUAGCCUGUCCAGCAAAGCGGCCACCUCUGCCAUUUCCAUCACAUCCAGCGACAGUGAAUGUGACAUCUGA